AUGUCAUUGAUCAAGACUACCUCCGUAUUUCUGGCGAUCUGCGCCAACGCCUUCGGCCGGGUUACCUCCCGCGCUCCGUCCGGCGCGGCAACCAUGGACCUCGGCACCCUUACCGGUCAGGCCCGAUUUCUCGGAUCGGGCUUCAUUUACGGCUUCCCUGACAACGGCACAAGCAUCGACACGUCCAUCCCGGACUACCUCGUCACCGACAUCAAGUUCCACGCCAGCCGAGCCGGCGGCGCGCAAAUCCCGGCCAAGGGAUGGGUUGGCGGGUAUGAAGAGUACCUCGGACGUUUCAACUCUGCGCUGUCUAACUACAGAACGACUCGCAAGUUCGGGGGUGAUUUCAUCCUGUUGCCUCACGACCUCUGGGGUUCUGAUGGAUCCCUUGGUACCGGCUCGCCUCUUCCGGGAGACAAUGGCGACUGGACGAGCAUGGAACAGUUCCUCCGACAGGUGACCAACGAUAUCAAGGCCAAUGGCAUGCUUGAGGGUUUGGUCUUCGAUAUCUGGAACGAACCGGAACUCGACUUAUUCUGGCCGCGCUCCUGGGAACAGUAUUUGGAGUACUACGUUCGUGCCCAUAGGAUCAUCAGAGAGGAGCUUCCUGGAACUCUCAUCAGUGGGCCCUCAGGAGCCCACGCACCCGCCGUCGACCGCUCCACUUGGGACACUUGGAUGGCCACCGUAUCCGCCAACGACGCCAUCCCGGACAUCUACUCCUGGCACCAAAUCGGCAUCUGGGAGCGCGACCCCGACAGGACCGUCGCAGACUUCCACGUCCUCCGCACCAAGCACAACCUGCCGGAGCGUCCCAUCGACCUGAACGAGUACGCCUGGCCGGACGAGCAGAACCCGGCCGGCGCGGUGUUCUACCUGUCCCAGCUCGAGCGCCACAACCUGCGCGGCCUCCGAGCCAACUGGGGCGGCGGAUCGGAUCUGCACAAUUUCCUGGCCGAUCUCGUGUACGAGAACGCCGAUGGUAGCUACGGUCCCAACGGCGAGUGGGAGGUCUACAAGUACUACGCCCAGAUGACCGGCGAGAGAAUCAGCACUGCCGCGUCCCCCGACCUCCUGUUCGACGUGUUUGGAACCGUUGAGGGCGGGAAUGUGAAGGUUCUUGCGGGAACACGGGUGACGCAGGCUCCGUACGAAAUCAAGAUCUCGGGAUUGAGCAAAUUUGGGCUACCUGUCGAUGGGAGUAUUGCGGUUCGGAGCUUGCGGUUUGACUGGGCAGGUCGCAAGACUCAGGUCGGCGGCCCGGUUGAUCUCGGUACCAGUGUGCUCACUUACUCCGCCGAUACGCUGGUUCUACUCGUUGAUCCGCCUACCAACUCAACGGCCUUUGCUUACGAGUUUUCGGUAGCGACAUCUGCUUGA